UGUGGAUGUGGCUGCUGUGAAUAAAUAAACGCAGAAGGUUUUGAUGCUGUGUUAGACCGUCCUUUGGAGUCAGGUUUCUUAUUGUGUAUGGAUCAAUAGCUACAAUAAUGCAAAUAUUUUGGUUUAUUUAUAGAGUAUCCUUUGCUGUAACAAGAAAGACUCAUAGUAAUUACUCUCGAGUUGUGGAAUGAAACAAAGCAUAUUUAGGCUUUGGCUUUGAUAUGAUCUGAAACUUCUUUCGAGGACACAUAAAUUCAUUCAUCUGGAGCUUUAAUAUCGUUACAAUUGUGUUAGGAGGGACAGCUAGCAUCUGAGGUAUUUGUGCAUGGGUGAGAAAGUUUCCAUUCCGCUGGACGGAAAGGUACUUCUAUAUUCACUUUAUCAUAUCAAUAUACUACCAAUUACAUGCUAUAAUAAUACAUAUUAUCAUCAGUGACCGAUGGUUUAUACUUGGGACUGGGCUUCUCUGAACAAUAAUGUAACUUCAAUCCUUAUUUUUGUAGGAGGCUAUGUUAUUUUAUCUCUAAAUGUGAUGUUCAGUUUAUUUCUGCUCGAUGUAGAACGAAAGUAUCGGAGACAAAGGAAAACUGCUUCGCAAUGCUAGAUUCUUAAUUGAAAGGAGAAAAUAAGUUAAAUCAUGUAC